AUGUGGUCUGUCAAUUCUGUCAAGAAUUACCGAGCAAUGAGCGAGCCCGCAGAACGGCCAUUUUCCAUCCUCGCUUCCAAGACCAACGACUACGCGGUCCGGCCUUACCGAACGCUGAUUGGACGGGUCCUGGUGAAUUUUCUUGAAGUGAGGCAGAGGAAGGGUUUGAUUAUUCCUGCUUUUAGUUCUUGGCGGGCCUUUGUGCUGGUGGGUCUGGCUUUUCGAUAUUCUGCUGUUCCCCGAGAAGGUGAAAGGAGGAGAAGGGAAAUGACUUCUGUGCUCCUAACAGCCAGGUCCCAGAUACCACUGACGUUCCAAGAUGUGGCUGUGGACUUCACCUGGGAGGAAUGGGGGCUCUUGGAACCUUCUCAGAAGGACAUGUACUGGGAUGUGAUGCUGGAGAACUACGAGAAUUUCGUCUCCCUCGGUGGCCUUCCUAUUUCCAUACCAGAUGUGAUUUCCCAGAUGGAAAGAAUAGAAGCACCAUGGGUGGCAGAGGGAGGAGUCCUGGUUAGCACUUUCCUAGAUUCUCCUAAUCAGAAGACAAGAUGUGAAACCAAGGAGACAGCUGGGAAAGAGGAUAUUUUUCUAGGACAGUCAUUGAAGGAGAGAUUCAUAAAGGAAGGGCCCUGGCAUUCCACAUUGGGAGAGACUUGGGAUUGUGACGUCAGAUUAGAAAGGCAGAAAGAAAACCAUGAAACACAGUCUCAGGAGCAGGAAAGAAAGCCUUAAUGCACAUAAACUAAUUCAUACUGGAGAGAAACGGUUUGAAUGUAGCACCUGUGGGAGAGGCUUCAGAUAUCAUUCAUCCCUUA